GCACCCUGCACCCCACCGUUACAGCCCCCUCGCCCCGGGAGAAAGCUCUGGACACCGCCGGGGCUGACGCCAUGUCUCAACACUGCAGGGACUGCCGCGGGGCCUGAGCUCCCUCCGUGCCGUCCCUUCCUGUCAUCCCCUCCCUCCUCACCACUAGAGAGGCUGGGGCCGGAGGCGGUGCCUGCUCUGCAGGGCAGGCGGAAGGAAAGGGACAGCCGAAGCCUGAGGCCAGCUGGUGCUACUGGGCCGACCUCCGGGGACCCGCCGUGCACCAGAGCUGAGUACCAGGGGAUCAACGCUGGGGCUGCCGCUGAGCUCUGAGGGACCCGCCGUGAACCCGAGGCCCGAACGCUGACGCACCCGCCGUGAACCCGAGGCCCGAACGUUGAGGGACCCGCUGCAAUCCCGAGGCCCGAACACUGAGGACCCGCUGUGAACCCGAAGCCGGGUGCUCGGGGACCCACAACGCCGUGGCCGCCUCUGACAAAUCGUAAGCGAGCGGCCGUGGCCCGGAGCCGGGCCGGGGCCGGGGCCGGGGCCGGUGCCGGUGCCGCCCCGCGCGGUGUAGCCAAUGGUGGUCGGCGGGGCGUGCUGCGCGGCGCCGGGCUGCGUUGUGCAACGCGCCGCGCUUUGAAGGCGACCGUCGCCCCUUGGAGGCAGGGCUCAGUCGGCAGCUGUCACGGCAGGGCGGCCAGGGGUGAGCCGGGCCCCUGGCGGCCCAAUGAAGACCCGGCGGGGCCGACUUUCCGGCUGGGCGUGAGCCGCCCACGCUGGGACCAACGCGAAGCGGUGCCUCCGGCGGAGCAGGAUGACACAUAUGCUGCAUGCGGCGGCCCGGCGGGUGCAAUGGAGCAGGGCAAGCACUGCGAAGAGGGCUGCGUGCCUGUUGGCUGCGGCGUAUGGACUCAAAAUCCUCUAUCCCAUCAUCCGCAAGCGCAUGAAGCGGGCGGGCUGCAAAGGCGUCUCGCAGGAUGACGGCCGGACUGAACCGCACCGCACCGGCAGCAGGGGCAGAGCCUCCCCGGCCGUGGAUGCAGAAUUUUUCAAGCAGCUGCUGGAACUUCGUAAGCUGUUCUUUCCAAAGCUGGUGAGCGCCGAGCUGGGCUUGCUUUGCCUGCACUCGGUCGCUCUGGUUUCCAGGACCUUUCUCUCCAUCUAUGUGGCCGCCCUCGAUGGGAAGAUUGUGAAAAGCAUCGUGGAAAAAAAGCCUAGGAGCUUUGUGUUCAAAUUAAUCAAGUGGUUGAUGAUUGCAAUCCCAGCCACUUUCGUGAACAGCACUAUACGCUACCUGGAGUGCAAGCUGGCCCUCGCCUUCCGUACGCGCCUGGUGGAUCAUGCCUAUGAGACCUACUUUGCCAACCAGACUUACUACAGAGUCAUCAGCAUGGAUGGGCGGCUGGCCAACCCUGACCAGUCCCUCACUGAGGACAUCAUGAUGUUCUCACAGUCUGUGGCUCAUCUCUACUCCAACCUCACCAAGCCUAUCCUGGAUGUCGUGCUCACCUCCUACACCCUCAUCCGCACAGCUCGGUCCCGGGGGGCUAACCCCAUCGGGCCCACGCUCCUGGCUGGGCUUGUUGUCUAUGCUACAGCCCGUGUACUCAAAGCCUGCUCGCCCAAGUUUGGCAAGCUAGUGGCUGAGGAGGCUCACAAGAAGGGCUAUUUGCGCUUCAUGCAUUCACGCAUCAUCGCCAACGUGGAAGAGAUCGCCUUUUACCGAGGCCACAAGGUAGAAUUGAGGCAACUGCAAAAAAGCUACAAGGCUUUGGCAGAUCAAAUGAACCUCAUUUUGUCCAAACGUUUAUGGUACAUCAUGAUAGAGCAGUUCCUGAUGAAAUAUGUCUGGAGUAGCUGUGGUAUGAUUAUGGUUGCUGUGCCCAUCAUCACUGCAACAGGGUUUGCAGAUGGCGAAUUGGAAGAUGGCCAGAAACAGGCAAUGGUUAGUGAAAGAACAGAAGCUUUCACUACGUCACGAAACUUGCUGAUCUCUGGAGCAGAUGCUAUUGAAAGGAUUAUGUCUUCAUACAAAGAGGUUACAGAGCUAGCAGGCUACACUGCCCGUGUCUACAACAUGUUUUCAGUGUUUGAUGAGGUGAAGAGAGGUAUCUACAAAAGAACUGCUGUUAUUCAAGGGUCUGAAAACAACAGCAAGAAUGAAGAUAAAGCAGAAUUACACAUUGAUGGGCCCUUAGAAAUCAAAGGGAAAGUUGUUGAUGUUGAUCAUGGAAUUAUUUGUGAAAAUGUUCCUAUUAUUACUCCGAAUGGCGAUGUGGUGGUUUCCAGACUAAACUUCAAAGUCCAGGAAGGGAUGAAUCUUUUAAUCACAGGACCCAAUGGCUGUGGAAAGAGUUCACUCUUCAGAAUUUUAAGUGGUUUGUGGCCUGUGUAUGAAGGAGUUCUCUACAAACCUCCUCCACAGCACAUGUUUUAUAUACCACAAAGGCCCUAUAUGUCCAUUGGAACGCUGCGUGAUCAAGUCAUCUAUCCAGACUCAGUGGAGGAUAUGCAUGAGAAAGGCUACCAAGACCGCGAUCUGGAGGCUAUCCUGCAUAUGGUUCAUCUAUACCACAUAGUUCAAAGAGAAGGAGGCUGGGAUGCCAUCAUGGAUUGGAAAGAUGUCUUAUCAGGAGGAGAAAAGCAAAGGAUGGGCAUGGCUCGGAUGUUUUACCAUAAGCCGAAAUACGCAUUGCUGGAUGAGUGCACGAGUGCUGUAAGCAUUGAUGUUGAAGGAAAGAUAUUCCAAGCUGCAAAAGCUGCUGGGAUAUCCCUGCUUUCUAUAACACAUAGACCUUCUCUUUGGAAGUACCACACUCACUUGCUGCAGUUUGAUGGACAAGGCGGCUGGCGUUUCGAGCAGUUGGACAAUGCUAUCCGUUUAUCACUGAGUGAGGAAAAACAGAGACUGGAAUCCCAACUUGCAGGAAUUCCCAAAAUGCAGCAGAGACUGAAUGAACUGUGUAAAAUCUUGGGAGAAGACUCAGUGCUUAAAACAAUGGACACAGAAGAAUAAAUAAUUUAUGGUUUAUGUUUUUAAAAGUAUUUUUUUAGUUAAAAGCAUUACAAAUCCAGCCAUUAUCCUUUGCAUGCAUUGUGAUAGAGGCUUAGAGCAUAGAGAAACACAGCCAGCAAAAAAUAAUGCUCUGAAUGCUCUGUGAGACUUUAGCAUUUUAGUAUUAAAGAAGAAAGUGGUUGAACUGUGAACAGAAAAUAAGCAAGUGCACAACGUGUGAGAUUAGUGAUUGCAGCUUAAGUUAAUUCCUAGUGAAAGCCCAAUUCACUGCAAAAAAACUACCAACACAGUCAGGUUUUGUAGGUGGAUUUUUGCCUGAUACUUGGCCUGCAGAAUGUGCUCUUAUACGAGGUCACCGCGUGCAUAUGAUAUGCCUGCUAUGCAGAGCAAACCUGGCAUGAAACUCAGGCAUGGAGCACGAUGGAGACAGCAUCUGGGUGAGUAUGCAAGAUGCAUGCAAAAAUCUCAUUUGGGUAUAAGAAACGUUCUUUCAGCCUGUGUAAAAGCAAACUCUUAUUCUACUACUGAAUCACAUACACACCUUUACCUGCGUUUCUACAGGAAAUAACAUAGUAGGCUGUUGAGAAGGGAACUGUCUGAGCAACUCACUGCCCUUGUGACAGAGAAGCAGAGAUAGAGUUAAACAUAUAAUGUACCUGUGCUGUACUUUAUGUCAUUAUGCAUACCUGGAGAGGCUCUUUGCCAUUUGUGAUAGAUCAGUUCCUUUGGAGGAUUAUUUAUGUCCCUUGUUUAGUUACCUCUUGUUGGGGAGGGGAGGGGGAGAGGGGAAGUGAGAACAGAGCACUGGGCCUGGCAUCAAGUGACUUAAUUUUUUGCUUGGCUAAGGCAUUUGUCUGCUCCAUGGGUCUGCUCCAGCUAGUGUCCUUUUAUGACACAGUUCCUCUGCUUGUAAAAUUACAAUAUAGACAACAUGUUUGUUCCACAAAACACUUUGUGACAGGAAGGACUGCAGGUGAGGAAAAUGUCAGUUUCUAACAAUACACUGAAUUCUCAGGCAUGGCUGUCCUGCCAAGUAAAAUGCUCAGCAGUUAUAAAGGUCUGUGAAAAGCUGGAGCAUUUUGUAACCACUAAUUAAUAUGCCUGCCAUAUUUUGAUAGAGUGGCUGAACACUGUGGUCCCUGUGAGCAAGUGCACCAGUUAAUAGCUUUGCUUUCAGAUGCACCCAUCUGCUCAGUAGGAACCUGGUCUCCAGUCAGUCACAGGCACUUUAAGCAGAAACUCCUAAGACAGUGCUGGCCUGAGUGCCUUGCAAAACCUGUUGAAUUAAAAACAAAGAUGUGAAUGUGAAUGGAUUUGAGAGCUCCUGAUCUGUUCUCUCUGACUGCCAGUGCAUAGUAAACAGACAGCUUGUGAGUGAAGAUCAGAAGGGGCAAGAGCCUUUGAAGCUGCACAGAUGAGCCUUAGCAGAGAUGUAGCAAUCCUGAAGUGUGUUGAUCCUUUUUUUCCUAGAAGUGUGAUUUCUUAGAAUAUUUGUAUCUGGUGUGUUUAGUUUUAGAAGGACAAUGUGUAACCUGUUAAGAACUGGGGGCAUUGUGUAGCUAGGGAUGAGUGAGCACCCUGAAAAUACAAACUGGUAACUUUUUCUGUUUACCUCAAGAACUAGAGAAAAGUGAAUUAACUCCAUCUGCCAAAUCCCAGCCCAGUGCAGUAACUAUCAGAUCAUCAUCCUUCUCAGCUUGUGCUGUCUUGCUGCUUGAUAUAGCAUUCGCACCAGAAAGUGGUGUAAGUCUGCUCCCCAUCCUGCUCCUUCAGAGUCUGUAGCUUGAAUGUAACCCUUGCAACUUAUCCUGGUGACAACAGUUUGUUCCUCUCAUUAGUUUUCUCGGUAGAGUCCCCUGGGACAUUUCACUGACACAGAGAGGAAUGAUCUUGGGAACCUUUGAAAGGGAUGAGGAAUAAAGGUUCAAGAUAAUAAGAUGCAUUGUAAAGUGCAGACCGGAGGUCGCUGCUGUGGUGAAUGAUGUGCAUGCAUCUCAAGCUGCGAGUGUCUCUACUUGUCCCUCUCCCUGGAGGCUAGCUUUCCCCCUUCUCAUCUUCAAAGUAAAAUUCAGAGUUGCUGGAAAAAAAGAAAAAAGUCAGCCAGGAAUCUGCUCUCAGCAUCAAUGAGAUUGAUGAUUUUAAAGGUGUGCACAUUUCUUAGUUAUGUUUUUCUAAGGUGAUGCAUCAUAUGCACGCCCUUGUCCCAGCUGCAGCAUGUCCUGCUAGUGCAAAGCAGCCUCGGACUCACCUUUCCACGAGCCUUUCUCAAGGCAAGAGCUGAGGUGGAGGAAGGAACAUUAAUAUUUUUCCCCGGCCCCUCGCUUAAGCAUUUUACCGUGUGGCUGAGAGUUAAACCAGGGUUGUCCACUCCCUGAAUCAAAAUGACAUUGAAGAGUGCUGAGCAAUUGCCCCAGUUUGGCAUAGCUGCAGCUGUGACCCCGCAGCACUUGCAGACACCCCACAAUGCUCUGCCAUGGGGCUUGACUUGGGAGCCAUCGUGGAGGAGUGCAGCACCUGAAAACUGCUGUGUUGCCUUGCAGAGGCUGAAGCUGGCCUCAUGGCACAACACAAACAUGUCUAUGAGGAAACCACAUUUAGAAUAAAAAAGGGUUGUUUGCUGCGUGUUUUAAAUGACCUACAAAAGAUACAUAUAUUAUUGAUGACAUUUUAAUGAAAACUGAAAUUGCACCAAUUCUCCUCAAAAUUUCUUAUGUAUUUCUUGGAUAGUAGUAGACUUAAUCAUUCCCAUUCAGUAACAUGGCAUGAAGUAUCCUAGUGCAUCACUUGGCUACUGACAUUCCUACAGGCAUAACAAGAACAUCAGAGGCUGGGAUGAAGAGAAACCCUUCUUUAAACAGGAACUUUCUGUGUAAUACUGAGCCAGUUUUAGAAGGAUUUUCUCUACCAGUGGCUCAAUAUUUUAAGUUAGUUUGGUGACUGGACAGGAAGCUGCUUUGGAGACUUUCUCUGCAAACAUUUUGAAUAGUUCCAAGGACUGAUUGAGAUGGGAGUCUGCAGUUCUGUUUUGUCUCUGGUGAAACAGAAAGCAUAAGCCAUACCACUUUGUGCUGUUUUGGGCUUGGACAGGAAAGCAAAAGCAGAGGUGUGUGCUUUCUGCUCAGGGAAUAGCUCAGAGAGAUGUUGUUCUGGAGCCAAGUCAUGGGGAACACUUGGCUCUUGCAAUGCAAGAGGGUCAGAGCAGAGCAGGAUACCUUGGUGGAAUUGUUUUUCAUGGUGCAGUGAAAGCUGCUUAUCAAUGUUCAUUCCUUUUGUGGUGUUCAGGAGCUGUGACUACCUGGGAGGCCAGGGAAGUGAUUUUUCAGCCUUCCUUCUGCCUGUCAUAUCUAGCUGGAGCUAGCCAUACCCAGGUGGAUGUGUCACAGCAUCUGUGCAUUCAGGGCUGGACACUGCAGCGUGCUCUCAGUGCACCAUGUGAGUAUUGUCACAUGGCUCAGGGCAGACAGACUUACUUACCUGGGGCUACAUCCUAGAGGACUACAGGUGCUGAGCAAAAUUCAUACCAGUCUCAAGCAUGGAGUAACUGUACAAGGAAAAUCUGAAUUAUCCACAUCAAUUUGUUCAGAUAAUGCUGGGAUUUUUUACAGGGAUCUUCUGAAUGGGAAGACUAAGUUUUUGUGUGUAGGAUUUCAGUAUUUUAACCUAGGAUGAGUUUGUUUUUCAAUUAGUUUUGGGACCAGACUCAUUCCUGCUUUAGAUUUGGAAGCUGUCCUUCUGCAGGGGCAGAGAAACCCCACAUGUCUUCUCAAAGGGUUUUUUGAAACCAGUGAUAAUUGUAUUUGAGUGAGGAAUUAAGGAAUUUGGUAUUCAAUGGCAUAUUCUAGGGAAAACUGCAAUUAAAAUUACACCCUAAAUCAAAUGGACACAUCUGUAGUCCCCUCAACAUGUCUGAAUGAUGACAAUGCACGUUAAAGUCAAGUUUACGAGCCUGUGUUCAGAGAUUUCAAUCAUAUAUAGAAUGAAUCCCCCUGUAGAGCUGUUCACAAAGCUUAAGAGAACUGAACUGAUAAUUGAAUGUGUCUUUCUUUUGGUUUUGUUCAAUAUUAAUGCCUUUUAAGAGCAGACAAUUUAUAAAGCAAUAAAUUAUGCUUUACAAUUGUAAUUUAUUCCAACCUCAAAUAAAAUACAUUGUAUUU